AUAAUCAAAAAACUUACAAGUGCCAGCCUAGUAGCGUCCGCUUUUAUUUCGUCGCGAUCUACACUUGACCUGAACAUCUGCAAUCACAGGAUUCAAACAUGGCUACAGCUGCACCGACUACUUCAUCCACGAAGGAGACAACAAACUAUGCCAGAUUGUGCCGUAUGCUGGUUGAUAUUGGAACCCAAGCUCUUCGAGAUACGUUUGAUGCCAUUCAUGCACCAGCAAGUUUACACACAGUUUUGGCGGCAAACAAAUCCAAACUACAAUCUCUCAAAACCAAGAGGAUCAUUAAUCCAACACAAUGGGGACAACUUUUCCCUGCCAUAGCUACUUCAGUGUCGUCCCGUUCCUUCGAUACAACUUUGCUGAUGGUUUUGCUGCGAAACCUGUGCGGCUUAACUGCUCCGCUGACCGGCUGGGACACAUUGCCCGACGUUACAGACCUCAGCAGGGAAGCUGACAUUGCCCGAGUUAAGUAUUUUAGGAACACUGUGUACGGUCAUGCCGAGAAAGCUUCUGUGGAUGACACCGAAUUUAAUGACUACUGGCGUGAUAUCCGGGACACUCUGGUCAGACUAGGAGGAGUUACUUAUGAAGCUGCCAUUGACGAUCUUAGGAAUGAAUGCAUGGACCCUGAAGCUGAAGGUCACUACAUGGAGCUACUGAGUCAGUGGGAAAAGGACGAAGGUAAUAUUAAAGAAGAGCUAGGGGAAAUGAAGAAAUUGCAGGAGAAAGUGGUACAGGUGCAGGAGGAAAUAUUACAGACGCAGGGGAAAAUGUUACAUGCUUUGAUAGCAUCGAAAGAAAUCGUUGACCAAGGGGACUUAAAAGUAAAACAUGAGAUUAAACUCAACAUUGACACUCAGAAGAGGACAUUCAAACGCCAGUUUGCACAAGCACAAAUCUUUUUGAAGCACAACACGCGUUCUCCUACAGAAGGACUCGCUGGCUUCCUUAACCAUUUAGAAAACGAUUUCCGCCUGAACAUUAAAGAAUUGAAGUUUGACUGCUUCGAGAUAGGAGUGACAUGCUCAAAGCCGAACUUUGAAAGUCUGUUGAGAGAUGACCGUAAUGGUAAACUGAAUAAACUUGCUGAGAGAUUCCUUCUGACUAAUGAAGUGAAAAAGAAACUUAACCUGGAAGGCAUUGGCAUGAGGACUGUCGUUAAAGAAGAGGAAAGCGUGACGUCAUCGAGAAGGGUUGCAAAAUCAGGUGUCAUUAAGGCCGUUUUGAGACUUGAGAUCAUCACCCAAAACCACGGCACAUGUAAUCGCCAAUUCGCACCAGACAUCAAUAUUUUCAAAAAACGCGAUUCUUUCUCUCCAAGUAAUGGACUGGGUGAUUUCCUUAAGCGCGUGGCACGUGAUUAUUUUCUAGAAACCCCGGUUUUUGGUUUUGGCUGCCUAGAAAUACGAAUAGAAUGCCCCUCCUUGGAGAUCCUUGAAAAGCUGUGGAAAAACUACCGUUCUGGUCGCCUCGAUAAAAUCGGCAAGAGAUAUCUCCUGACUGAUGAAGUGAAAAAUGAAGCUCAGCUAAAGACGGUAAACAUAACAACCAUGAUUAAAGACGACGAGUACAACUCAUGUAGGAAGUCGUUCUCUGAGGUUGUUGAGCAAUUGGGAGGAAGUGUUGGUCCAGAAGGAGAAUUUAAUGGGCCUCGCAGUAUUGUACAGAAUAAAUUGUCAGGAGACAUUGCCGUGGUAGAUACGUUAAAUAACCGACUUCAGGUUUUUGAUGAGAAUUUGAAAUACCUCAGGACGAUGGGAGGCGAGCUGAAAUCGCCAACUGGUGAAGCUGUGACGAUAAAUCAUCCUUUGUCUGUAGCAUUCUUAAGGAGUGGUGAUAUGGUAGUCAUUCAUAGCAUUGAGGGUUCAACUCAAAUGUCUCUAAUCACUGAUGAUGGUCAGUUUAUUCGAAAGUUUAGUGAGCGCGUGAUUCGUCCUUCGACUGUUUUUGUCAGAAAUGAUAAUGAUGCUGGUCACGUGAUCGUGUGUGAUAAAGCUGACCGCAAAAUCAAGGUCCUUUCCCAGGACGGUGCACAAUUACUACACUCCUUUAGUGCUCCGGAUUGCGACGAUAGCCCCGCUUGUGUUUUUUAUCAUCGCGACAAGUUCUUUGUGUCGUAUCACAUAGCUAACUGUAUCAAGGUUUUCAAUGAGGAGGGUGAAUUUCUCUUCAAUAUUGGCUGCGAGGGGUCUGGUGAAGGAAUGAUGGAUUAUCCUUGCGGCCUUGUUGUUGACACUUUUGAUAACCUGAUCGUCUGUGACAACCGCAGCAAUAGACUGCAAAUGUUUACCCAGGAUGGUGAAUUUCUCAGUUCCUUUUAUCAAGAAAUCCAAUCACCCUGGGGUAUGGCAAUUUCAAAACAUGGUAACUUGCUGGUUACUGAUAUUGGAAAGCAACAUGUCAUCAUUUUACAAUAAUUUUGUUCUCUUUUCCUUUACGGAAGUCUUCCUUGUAACACGCUCUCGAUCCACCGAUAGACUCUUCAUUAUUGUUCUUAGUUCAUGUCAGUAAGCAAAGCAUUAAACAAAACCUGAGAGAUAGUCAAGACUAAAGAAAUGUUACCACCGUGACAAAUGUGAUAAUAAAAAAAAAUAUAUUUUAUCAUAUGUCUGAGCUGAACUAGCUCGUUAAUA